UCAUACAUCGUUAUGAAUCAUCCCCAACCCACACUAACGGCUAUCAGGCCAAGAAGAAGCAAUAGGGUCAAAAGGUUUUCACAAAGGCUAAUUUGGGAUCCUGGCCUACUUAACAAGUAGUUAAAAAAAGGACGAGGAGUUAGAAGAGCAGUUAUACAUAUUGUGAAGAAAUGUUUUCCUCUCAUCUCCUUUCUUAGAGUCUAAGCUUCUCAUGUCCCAUUCUUAUCUCUAUCCUUAUACUUAUUAUUUUAGUAUUUUUCAUUAUAAUUCAUUAGUUUCAAGUGUAAGAGUUACCAUUCUAGUGUACAAUCGUGUUCUAGAUCUUAUUAAUAUAUACAUUGACGAAUUGGGUUUGUUACAUUGAUGCUUUCAUCGAUCGUACUCCAAUGGUUUAGGGGAUACUAAAAAGUUUUAGUAGUGGUGACCCAAAAGGGUGGAUUCUUAGGGCGGAACAAUAUUCACCUACCUUGGCUUCUCAGAAAAGGACUGGCUACCUCUUGCUUCCUUCUAUCUCGAAGGUGCUGCUUUAGACUAGUUCCAAUGGUUAUAUCACAAUAAACAAUUUUUUGAUUGGAAGCAUUUUACCAAGAAAUUGGUAUUGCAUUUUUGGAAUGACUCUAAGUUGAUCCAUAACCACGUCAACAUUUCCCUUGAUCUAAUGCAGAAGUUGGACGAGAACUACUCUGCUAUGCUACGCAAACUCGACAAGGUCCAACAUGCAUUGUGCGCUGCUCCCCGUCAGUCGUUGCUGAUCCGAUGCUUCAAUAUGUGGACUCAUAGGAUGAUAAGAGGGAUUCUGACUUGCCUUUGAUGAAUCCGCUCUUAUUUUUGAAGAUCCAGUGACCUCAGAUUCAGACAUUUUUUAUGAGUGCUUUCAACCCUCGCUUCAGGCAAGUGAUGACCAAACGCAUACACAGGUUCUUUUAUCUACCCUUCCAUCUGAUUUGAACGAUGGAACCAUAGACGAGGUCUCAGGUUUCUACACCUGCAAGGUGUUUGAUGAAAUGUUUCACACAAUUUUCCAAGUUAAGUGUGAUUUUAGUAACCUUGUCAAGUUUGAUGAACAUUGCUCGCACUUCCUUGUAUGUUGUCAACUUGCAGUUGCGGUAUAGGUAUAUUUGCUUACCUAAGUGACUUCAAUCAUGCUAAACUUCCAUUAUCCUUGUAUCGAUUUCCACCUGAUCAAUUUGGAUUAGACUUUCCAUUUGAUCCUAGUUCUAGUUUGCUUACCACGUUUCUUGACGCUGCAAGAUAUUAUUCAAUUGUUGUUGUGGAUGAUUUCAAGGUGAUCACUAGUAUUUUAGUCCAUCAAAUCGAUACAAUGUCCAAUGAUCAAUGUAUUUUGAAUCAAUUUCCAUUUGAUCCCAGUGAGAAUCCGUUCAUUGUAACCCCUCAUGGGCUCCUCCAAGUUCCUGAAUUGCAACCUGAGACAUCUGUACUUACUCUCUUACUUGUGAAGCCUUACACAUUUCAGUUUUUUAGGUCAUUAUCCUACAAUUGUCGUACUGUCGGAAUAUGUCAUAGAGGCAUUAAACAGCACAACCUUUUGGUGAAUGCUCAUGCUCCUCCAGUUAAUUUAAGCUACUGGAAACAUGCUAAAGCUCUGGUUAAACAAGAACCAACUAUAUGGGAUCCAGGAAUAUGUUUAGAGAUCAUGGCUCUAACAGGUUUUAUAGAAAACGUGGAGGAACUACUAUUGCUGGGCUAUAGUGGCAAGCAUUUCUUAACUGUGUAUGCAAACUUUAUGAGUAGAGUGUGGGAUCCUAGACAACCAUGGUUCUUUAUCAAGACAAGGAUUUUGUGGCCUAUGGAAAACUUAGAGAACCUACAAGGAUUUUAUUAUCACAGUCAUGCCCAACGUGAAGUAAACUAUGUUGGCGCAAUGGACAGAGCUUGGUAUGACGCUCUUGAUUUUGCUCACGGGGAAAUUGCAGGUGCUUGUCAUCAAGUGCACUUCGCGCAUCUUGAAGUCAAUGUAACUACACCGAGAUUAUCGAUGCCUUUGUUGGCGAGAUUUCUUGACCUGAACCUUGAAGACAAGGUUCUUAUUAGGGACAGGAGUAUUGUUAUGAAUCAUCCCCAACCCACACUAGCAGUUAUUGGGCUAAGAAGAAAUAAUAAGGUCAAAAGGCUUUCAUAAAAGCUGAUUUGGGAUCUAGGCCCAUUUAGCAACUAGUUAAAAAAAGGACGAGGAGUUAGAAGAGCAGUUAUGCGUAUUGUGAUGCUUCGGCAAAGUCUACGUCUUUCAUCCCCUGUUCUCUGAGUCUAAUUCUCAUCUCCUUCUUCUUAUCAGUUCUUCUAUGUCAUUUCCAUUGCUAUUUCCUUGUAAUUUUGUUUAGUGAUUGCAGUACUACAACUUAGUUUCCUUGUGUGUGAAAUGGUUUUUCCCAGUUUGUUACAUACACUAUCCUAAUAUGCUUAUUGUUGGCAUACUGAAAUAUCUUAUGUUACUUCUUACAAAGAAAAUUUAAUUUGAUU